CAUCUUAAGCCUCCACAUCCGGAUCCAAAGUUCAGAACAGUUUGCAGGAGCAUAUGUGGAAGGGGAGACUUACAAACCUUAAGCCUUUGGGCACCUUUGCAUCACAAUUCAUCAUCCAGCCCAUAGUUAUUCAUCAACCAAAUACUGCAAUAAAACUGAAAACCAUUUUCUAAGAGAAAGAAUCAGACAGAAUACAGAGAUUUGCUUGGGUCUGUUACACUCAAGGAGAUUCUAUAAGGCCAAGAGUCAGACUGAAAUUCCAGACAAAUGAAAUAAACAAGAUGCCACUAACACAUGUUCAACAACGGUUCUCCCAGGGUUCGGCUGUUCUUCCCAGUCUUCUUUAGCCAGGUCCAGUAUGCCCCUGGGGUGGCGACCAUAUAACAGCUCGAAGGGGAAGAAUCCAGUGGAAGCCUGAGGAACCUCCCAUACGGCAAACAGCAAGUCAUACAUGGAUGAGAAAUAUACAUUGGACAAACAUGAAGGAGAAGUACAUAUGUCCUGUGCAUCCUGUUAAAAGAGGACUCUGUUUGAUUAUUUCAUUUUUGAUCCUUGGAAUAUGCUUUCUUUCAGCUCGGGCUGCAACAGGUGAGAUCAGCGAUCACACUGGGGCUGCUAACAGGGAGUUUCACAAGGGAAUUCCCCAGGUGAAGGAGGAGCAAAUACAGCACUCUUGGGAUUGGAUGCAGAUACUAAUUCUGAUACAAGUUUGCCCGACUUUCAUCAUCUCCGCUAUCAACCUGUUCAUCAGUUAUAAACACCCUGUUCCAAAACCUACAAAUGCAAAAUCAAAUGUUAAUGAUUGGAUGCAGAUACUAAUUCUGAUACUAGUUGGCCCGACUUUCGUAAUCUCCACUAUCAACCUGUUCAUCAGUUAUAAACAUGAGUAUUGUGAUUGGAUGCAGAUACUAAUUCUGAUACAAGUUUGCCCGACUUUCAUCAUCUCCGCUAUCAAACUCUUAAUCAGUUAUAAACGAAAUCACAGGAAACAGCAUGAUCCUGAAGCAGGACCACUCCUGGAGGAACAUGACCAACUCCAAAAUGAACGUGACCAUCUCAAGAGCGAAAACAGCCAACUCAAGAGUGAAAACAAGAAGCUACAGCACGAGAACGAAUGGAGAAAGGCUCGCAAUAAAACAGAUAACAUCACUCUUGAUGCAGGAACAGCCCACCCCAAUCUCUCCAUUGCUGGGGAUAAGAAGAAUUUUAAACAUGAAGCCCAACCUCGGCAAGUUCCACCAAAUCCACAGAGGUUCGAUUCAACUGUCUGUGUGCUGGGCUCUGAAGGAUUCUCCUCUGGAGAGCACUACUGGGAGGUGGAUGUUGGGAUCAGCACUGACUGGGAUCUUGGUGUGGCCAGAAAAUCCAUACAGAGAAAAGGAAAACUGUCCUUGUCCCCUAAAGAGGGAUUCUGGGCUCUGGGUCUGAGUGGGAGAGAUUACUGGGCAAAAACUGAUCCAUGGACCCGGGUCAUGGUGCAGAAAAAGCCCAAGAAAAUUGGAGUUUACCUUAAUUACCAAGAGAAGCAGAUGACUUUUUUCAAUGUAACUGACAUGUCUGUGUUGUUCACAUUUAAGGAUUGUUCAUUCUCAGGAGAAGUUUAUCCAUUCUUUAAAAAUUCCCACAAAGAAACAAUAAUGAGAAUUUCUUCAAUUAAAGAAGAGGACUAAAUUUAAAAUGUCUGUUAUGCUCAGUUUUGCUGACCAAACUAAUCCCAAAGACCCCUGAUGCAUCAUGGCACUCUUGACCAAACCGAACCAAAGUAAGAGAAUGCUUCGCAGCCAGAUGAAAGACAAAGUGGAAAACCAUUGCCUGUGAAAUUAUAGUUACAUGCAUUGCUAAUGCUACAGGGGUGGCUUCCCAUGUAGCAGAUGCAACUUUACUGGAAUCCAUAAAACUGAACUAUCACAAACUGAGCUAUUAACUAGGAAUGAACUUUUUUUUAUUACUAACUACUAGUCUAUCUGGAUAAGGCAUAUUAGUAGCCAAGAGUAAGGAAAUAAUAUUGUAUAUUAUACAGAUGUAUCUGUGCUAGACUGUAUAACCAAUCUUCAAGUCAGGUAUAAAUACAGGUGAGGGAUGUGUCUUCAGAAUGGGCUGGCAAUGAUUGACUUUUCCUUUCUGUAUUAUGCUGUGUAAUCUUUGAUUAAUAAUUUUUCUUAAUAAAUGUUGAUGGAGCCUAGUUAUUUGGCAUCUCAUAUUAUUAAUUUAUACUGAGCCUGUAACAAUUUAUACUGAUGUAUCUUUGUGUGUAAAAUAAAAGAGGUUUGUGGUGCCA